AUGAAGUCAUUUUCAAAACUUUUUAAAUCACGAAGCUCAUUUUUAUCUAACUCCACAUCACCUCCUUUAAACUCAUCUUCGUCUGACAUUUCGGAAUCUGAUUCUGCCAGUCAUGUAAUUUUUGUUCCUCAACCCCAACAUGAGAAUGAUUACCAUGAUGUUUUUAGUCAUCCGCCAAAAAUUAUCGUUAGUGUCGAAGAAAUACCUCUUUCUUCACCUUUAUCUCAGCCAAGUCACUGUUUAAAUAAAUCAGAAUUAGAUUUUGCUAGAAAAAGACAUCGAGCUAGUUCUUCUUCAAAUGAAACUAAUAUUUCUCGCCGAAAAUCUAUUUUGUCGAGGAUACUGUCCCGUAAACGCUCAAAAUACAAUAAUCAAGGGGUUUCAGAUUUACUUAUUCCCAUCACACCUGCCACAGUUGGAGCAGAAAACAUUAUCGCUCAUGUUGAUUCUUCCCUUGUAGGAAACACACACCACCACAAAAGAAGUCUUUCGCUGUGUCGUGUGUUUUCGUUUAACAGUAAAAAAAAUUUAAAACGCAACAGUGUUAUCAAUACCAAUCUUAAUACCAAUAACAAUAACAAUUCCAAUAAACGUAAUAAACGUGUCAGUAUUUUUUCCUUUUCUUCAGAUAUUGAAAGUCUUGCUUUAAACACUUCUCAGGAUUCUGAUGAUGGAAUCAACUCAUCAGCUACUGAUCCUCCUUCUUUAAUACCUAACAGCCCAGUUCCUAUGUUGGAGUAUCAACGUCGAGAAAUUAUUAUGCCAUCUAAAGAAGAGCAACAAAAAUAUGCCGCGCGUUUACGAGAAAUCACAGUAGGUCCACAAAAGAUGCUUUGCGAUGGAAUUUCUCCAGCUGCUUUGGAAUCAACACAAAGUAUACCACAAAAACAAAAUAGUAAUUCGCCAUUUUUAUUAAGGCCCAACAUAGUGGAUUCUUUAAUUCUUGAACCUUGCACUGAUGAAGAUAUUUUAAAGUCUAUUGAAAGCGUGGUUAAAGUGCAAACAGAUUAUGACAAGAAGUCUGAUUCUUUGGAACAAGGUAGCAAUAAAGAAGAACCAUUAAACUUUUUACCUAGUAAGAUGCAUCAACCCCCUAGCCACUCCGAAGAUUUACAAUCCUACAGAGAGAAUCCAGCAGCUGCUUGUCAACAAUACCAGUUAUGCGAUGAUAUGUGGGAGGUGUCGGGUGCUUCAGAUUUGGGUGAUACAGAAGACAACGGUGGGUUUGUUCGUCUUGAGCAAGCCAAGCGACCAACAUCCACCAAGGGGUCUCGAGCUGAAAUUAUUUUACCAGAUGGGGUUAGUAGCAUUUCGGAUGUUGAGGAAGGUGAAGCCAAUAGAACCAGACAUGUUGUUGAGGCACGUCCCAGGAGCAAGCUUUCACGAGUGAUUUCUUCUGCAAGCGGUUUUACUGAUGACUCGAAAGUUUAUGACGGUGACGUGGAAGAAGAUUUUGAUUAUGAUAAUGAUAAUGAUAAUGAUGACGAGGAAAGGGAGGAAAGAGAAAGAUUGUCAGCUGUUAGUAAUGUUGCAAUCUGCAAUCCAGACGAUGAUGGCUAUAAUAGUGAUACUUCUAGCAGUUUUGAAGACUAUGAAAGCUCUAGUUUUGAGGAAGAUAUUAUUCCUUGCGUUAAUUUUUUAGGGGAGUUUCAAGACAAUAAUAUUUUUGAAAAUGAUGACAAUACAUACAGCAAUGAUAACCUGGAUGCAAGUUCUUCUAUGAUUUUAUCUGAAGAUGAGUACUUUUCUGCUCAAUCUUCUUUUUCAUCUCUUGCUUUUUUUUCUAGUAAAAAGCUUGGAAAAAGAAGGAUGUUAGACAUUUUCAACAUUUGGGACUUGUCGUCUGAUAUUCAUCACCAAAUUUCCAAAUACUUGAUAGGACAUGAUCUCAUCAAUAUGGCACAAACUUGCAAUGCUCUGAGGCCAAUUUAUAGCCGGUUCUCUUGGACUAAUUGUAUUGUUGUUUCCGGGAACACACAAGGAAGAUAUUGCGGACCUGGAAGAACUCUUGAGAGUUUGAUUGAAGUAUCGUGCUAUUAUCGCCGUUAUUACUAUUUUAAACGCUAUGGCAACUUUUUCACAUCUCAAUUUGCCAAUCCUGAAUUUGUCAAUGCAAGAAAUGCUCGCUACAUUCCCUUUCGAGUUUUUUUAAACCCUGACCGAUACUCUUGGUUUUUCAGUAAACAUGUCAUUGCCAUUAAAUUUGAAUGCAUGUUUGCAUCUGUUUCUGAAGGCAAGGAAUGGAAUAAAAUUCGACAUUUUUCAGAUUUAUACAUUUACUAUCCUAAACUUCUGUACGUCAAGGUUGGCUACAAUGCGUUGUCUAAUCCUCCUCAGCCUGCUCAGCUCGAAACAUCUAGAGCAAUCGAGGGCAAUGAUGAAGAAAGACCGGGAUAUGCUGAAUCUGUGUUUUCUAUUUCUUCUGAUUUGUCGGAUUUUGCACAUGGGAAAAGUGGCGCUGCUUUAGUUUACUCUCUUUUAGAUGACGCAGAGGUUCAAGGAUUUACCACUUUAAUUCCAAGUUUUGAAGUUCAACUUGUUUUGGAAUCGCCUUACUACCUUAUCAACCUUCCUGGAAAAUUGGUUUUACGCACUCUUGAUGUUGAAUUUUUCUUUGACAUUGAUUCCAACAGCAUGUCUGCUGGUUAUGAUAUUUCGGAAUUUAAAAAUUUGGAAACCUUGAGGCUUAUUUUUAAAAGCAUCACCUACAAGGCCCAUUGGAUAUUCAUGGCACAAAUUUUGGAACUUCCACAUCUUCGUCGCCUAGUCACAUCCAUUAACCCCUUAUCCAAAUCUUUAGGAAAUGACCGUCUUUACAGUGUUAAUAAUUGGGUCAAUUUGCUGCGAAACUUGUCUUUAAUUUGUCCUGAAACAAAUGACCGUCUCUUUUUUAGAGGUCCUUCUGCUCUUGAUGAUAUUUCCAUUUCUGGUUCUUUUGAACCUAUAAAAGAGACAGAAAUUACCACUGUCCCUGGAAAACUAUUUUUCCCUCGUGUUACUGAAGUUGUUACGGAUUCUGUUGACAUUUUCAAUUACGCAAAAUUUGGACCCAAGCUAAAGUCUUUAAAGAUUUUAGACAAUUUUAGUCUUCCUAAUGACUAUUCUUCCCUUGUUUUCUUUUCUGAAUUAGCUUCUAACAUUUCGGAAAAUUUAACUUCUCUUUGUUUGCACUGUCUUGAAGGUACACGUUCUAUUACAGGGCUUAUUCCUUUAUUAAGCUCCCCUCUUGUGCAAAAUAUUAAGACACUAACUUUAAACAUUGACUUUCAAUAUGAUGUGUUUUCUACAUUCUCCCCUUAUUAUUCUUCUCGAGACGGCCCUGGGACUCAACCUUGUCUUCACAAAGAAAGUUGCCCUCUUUCUGGCCUUAACCUGAAUCAUACUCCUGACAAUAUUUAUGAUACCAAAUCAACUUUAGCACGAAUUUGUAACUUUUUGGAGUUUUUGUCGACUGAAAAUCUUAUUCCUUUGGUUGAAAGUUGCUAUGAGGAUGGCCAAAGAAUUGAUAUGAUUCGCGAAAAGUUUUACUCAGUUUAUGGCCCCAUGAUGGUUGAAAGGGAAAUUGACAAUUAUAAUCAAAUGAUUAGUUCAUUGUGCAUUAACCCGAUGGUUAAUAUUUAUAUGUGGAACAGGGAAUUUUUGUCACAACCUGUUGGCCCUUGUGAAUACCAUUUGUACAUGGCGUCUUUGUUUGAGUGCAUUUUUGAUUCUAUUGUCCACACUAUGUUUUCUCUUGAGUAUCUACGUAUAAAUGGUAUUUCUAAGCAUAUGGAGCGACCAAUUUGGAAGUAUGUUACCAAUUCUUUGCGUUUUCAAGAACAUUUUGGCUCUUAUUUAAAAGCUCCAUAUUCUUCUGAACUGGAUAGAGAGAAGGUUGAGCUUGACUAUCAUGCUCUCAAACAAUUGUUUAUCAAUCAAUCUGUUCCUCUUGGCUCACAAAACUGUUGCUCUUGUAUUUUGGAUCGAAACUAUGAAUUUGCUCACGAAGUUGCCCAAACUCUUCCUGCAAAUUAUACAACGGUUGUUUGUACUUCUCCCCCUAAGGAUAUCGCCAUUGUAUUGGACAUUGAAGCACGUCGGAAAGAUUUUUCGGUUGACUCCUUUUUUCUUUUUGAAGAUCCUGAGUUUUUACUUUAUUUGGAUAGGGCUGAUGAUACUGAUGAUGCGUCAACAAUAUUUCGAAGCUCUGUAUUUAGUGAUGGGGAUCCCAAUGAAUAUUACAGUUUUAAUGAUGAUGAAGAUGAUGAUGAUGACGAAAUUGAUACCAUGGACGUUGAAAGUUUGAUUUAUUAG